UUGCAUGCGAAUUCCUGGAAAAUUGCAAAGCAGCCGCCCCCAGAUCCGCACUGCAGAGCUGAUGAGCAGCCCCCGCAUCAGCCUACGCUUCCCAAUACACAAUUAAAUUCCUGAUUCCUUUACUGGACAUUUGGACUCUCUGUCAAAAUGCGUCACCUCCUUCACGUUUGAGGACCAUAUGCACGAAUUGCUUUCUAAAUCAACUUUAAAAACCCAAUACAUACAGCUUUUUAUACCACCAGCGACCCAAAACGCUUUCUUUUCGUUGUCUGCUGGAAAUUCUCUCUAAGCUUCGCUUCUUAAUCACUCUGUCACCCUCACACAGCUGACAGACUUCAAAACCCUAUCUGGUUCUGCUUUCAAAAUCAGUCUUCGAAGCUGCUCUCACAUCCACAGAUGGCGCUAUCAGAGCGUGGCCGAAGGUUCUUCAAAUUCAGAAUCCAGAUGACCCCACUGCCACUGUCUUCUACUCUUCUGUUGAAUUUGAAUUUCUAGAUUUCUUGAAUCCAAACACAAAUCCCCAUCCACCACAACCGCUAAUUCUCCAGAGAGUCCACUACGCCAAUAAUAACAAAUAUUCUCCUUCUACUGAACAGACACGUCCAACACGUCUUUUCAGGCUUUUCAGUUUCGUGUAGGAGCAGAGAUUUCGUUAUCGUCUUGUAAUAAGUAUCUGAAGAUUAUUUAUAUAAUUGGAGGACAGAUGAUCGUCAAGAACUACGAGUCUUCGCGUGCGAUUGUUGAAAUGGCUUGGAUUAUGCUCACUAUCGAUUACUCCAGGCUUUUUUGGUUACUGUUUGGUGUUUUCUCUUAUGAAAAUCAUGAAGGAAAGCCUCGGAUUGUCUAGCUCUACUUCAAUCGCGCUCCAUAGAUUAUCUGUUUGGUUUCAAUAAUAUAUAUAUAUAUAUAUUACUCUUUAGAAUUAAAGAUCAGCUGAGAAUUUUGGAUUGCGAGUGUUUGCGUGAUCUCUAAGCCAUGUACAAGUCACGAUUAGGAGGAGAUGGAACCAAGUCCCAGCUCGGCUAUGUUGAAACUGAUCCCUCUGGUCGCUAUGGUCGUUUCAGGGGAAUUCUUGGCAAAGGAGCCAUGAAGACAGUCUACAAGGCAUUUGAUGAGAUACUGGGAAUGGAGGUGGCAUGGAACCAAGUGAAGCUUAAGGAUGUCCUUUGCUCAACUGAGGAAUUGCAGAGACUCUACUCUGAGGUUCACCUCCUCAAGACCCUCGAUCACGAGUCAAUCAUUCAAUUCCACAUGUCCUGGAUCGACGUUGAUCGAAGAACUUUCAACUUCAUUACUGAAAUGUUCAUCUCUGGCACACUUAGAGAGUACAGAAAGAAGUACCAGAGAGUAGACAUUCGAGCGGUUAAAAACUGGGCUCGCCAAAUUCUGCGUGGACUUGUGUAUUUGCAUGCUCAUGACCCUCCUGUCGUGCACAGAGAUCUCAAGUGCGAUAACAUCUUUGUUAAUGGCCAUCUGGGGAAGGUCAAGAUAGGUGAUCUGGGCCUAGCAACUAUUCUUCGUGGCUCACGACAAGCCCACAGUGUCAUAGGUACACCUGAAUUCAUGGCUCCAGAAUUAUAUGAAGAAGAUUACAAUGAGCUCGUUGACGUAUACUCUUUUGGCAUGUGUUUGUUGGAGAUGCUCACUUGUGAGUACCCCUACAGUGAGUGCUCCAAUCCUGCUCAGAUAUACAAGAAAGUUACUUCAGGAAAGUUACCUUUGGCAUUCUACCAAAUUCAAGAUUCUGAAGCCCAGCGAUUUGUGGCAAAGUGUUUAGCCACUGUUUCAAAAAGGUUGCCAGCCCACGAACUGUUGUUGGAUCCAUUUCUAUCAUCGGAAGAAGGGGAGCUGCUGUGCAUCCCCAUAGUCCUUUCUCAACAGACUAAUUCAUCUAAUGGAACAGUUAUGACCAUCACAGGAACCAUGAGCCCUGAAUAUGAUACCAUCUAUCUCAGGGUGCAAAUAUCUGCCAAAGAUGGUCAGAAUAGAAACAUAUACUUUCCCUUUGACAUCAUGAAUGACACAGCAAUUGAUGUUGCAAUGGAGAUGGUAAAGGAAUUGGAAAUCAGUGACUUGGAGCCCUCAGAAAUUGCGGAGAUGAUAGAGCUGGAAAUAUCAUUUUUAAUCCCCACUUGGAAGGAACCAGGCUCCUGCGACAUUCAUCAUCAGUACAGCUUUGACCAUGAAGAAGAAGACGAUGAUGAUGGAACCCACCAUCCUUUCUACUGUAACUCCUCGCAUUCUUCAUCCCAUGCUUAUCUCAUGGCUUUCACCGUGAACCAGCAUAGUCAUGGAAGCAACACCAUUUGCAGCCAAGACCGGGUUGAAGAAGAGCGGUCUGUCAACAAUGACGCAAGUUCCGAUAGCUCUCUGAACUCCUUCAAGUUCUCCCGUUACAAUUACCAUUCAGUCAACAAUGAUGAUUAUGAUAAUUCUAGUCUCAGAGGAGAAGAGUUUGUUGGUGUUGCUAAGACGCACAAUUCUACAAGAUUCUGUCCUGGAGAUACUUUGAUUGCAAAGCACUAUAAGCAUAAGUGCAAUUCAAAAUUGGAUUUCCAGAGAGCUUGUAGCUCAAAUCAAGAGCACAAGAUAAAAAGGAUUCGGUCCUUAGUGGAUCUACGCAGUCAAUUGUUGCACCGGUCACUAGUGGAGAUGAUAAACAAGAAGCGCCUGUUCAAGACCGUCGGAGCUGUGGAGAAUAUUGGAUUCCAUGAGCCAAGUUAGAUUCCUUCGAGCAAAGUGUCGCUUGCUGGUGAUCUUUUUGGGUGGUCUCCCUGAUAAACGAUGAAAAUGCUAGGUAUUUGGAAUGGUAAAGUACCCUUGCGAGCCAUUAGUGUCUAUAAAUAAAGUUUGUAAUGUAGGGGUUUGAGCUAUGCAACUUCAACCUAAAUAAAAGUCUCACACCUUUGGUGGAAGACUGAAGAGAACUGAACAAUAUUCACUCUUUUCACCAUGUGAUUCGAUGAAAUUCAUUGAAAA